UGGCAUCCGAGGCUGAACGCAUGCUACUGGAGGAUUUGUUUCAGGAUUACAACCUGAAGGUGCGUCCAGCGCGUACCUGGACUGAGCGAGUGAUGGUCCGAGUGGGAAUGACUUUAGUACAGCUCAUCAGCUUGAACGAGAAGAAUGGAGAGAUGACAACAAACGUGUUCAUGAAUAUGGAAUGGACAGAUUACAGGUUAUCUUGGAAUCCUGAGGACUAUGACAAUAUUGAUGUUGUGCGAAUUCCUCCCUUAAAAGUGUGGCGUCCAGACAUCUACCUAAUCAACAAUAAUGAUGGUCAGUUUGAUGUUGCCCUGUAUGUAAACGUGCUAGUGAGAAGCGAUGGAACCGUCUCCUGGUAUCCACCAGCCAUCUACCGCAGCUCCUGUUCCAUAGAGGUGGCGUACUUUCCAUUUGACAGGCAGAACUGCACAAUGGUGUUUCGUUCCUACACAUAUGAUUCCUCAGAAGUGGACCUUCAGUACGGUCUAGAUGAAGAUGGCAACGAGCUCCAUGAGAUAGUGAUUGAUGAGAAUGCGUUCACUGAGAACGGUGAGUGGCAGAUUUGUCACAAGCCCAGCAGAAAGAACAUCCACGAUGACUUGUAUGAGGACAUCACCUUCUACCUGAUCAUUGAGAGGAAGCCUCUGUUUUACAUCAUUAACAUCAUCGUGCCCUGCAUCCUCACCAGUGUGCUGGCCAUAUUUGUCUUCUAUCUGCCACCUGGAGCAGGUGAGAAGAUGACUCUGUCCAUCUCAGUCCUCAUUGCUCUCACUGUUUUCAUGCUGUUGUUGGCUGACAAAGUCCCAGAAACAUCACUUGGCAUUCCUAUCAUCGUUAACUACGUAAUGUUCACCAUGAUCCUGGUGACGUUCUCAGUCAUCCUUAGUGUGGUGGUCCUGAACCUUCACCACAGGACUCCCAGCACACACCACAUGCCCUUAUGGGUGCGAAAGGUUUUCAUCAACUUACUGCCCCGUUACUUGGGUGUGCUGAGGCCCCAAAUUGAGGAACCAGUGGAGGACGAGCCAAAAGAAAGCAUCCCAUUGAGUUUUCUGGACAAAGGUCUUAAACCUGGAGUUGAAUAUUUUAUCCGAACGAUCAACCCAGAGCUGAGUGUGCCACUCUUUAGCCAGUCUAACAGGUGUCAUAACGAGAGCACUGUGAAGUUGCAGAGGUUUUCAAACAGUGACAACUUUUGUCUGAUUCUGCCUCCGAAUCUCAAAUCUGCAAUUGCCGCCGUCACGUACAUGGCUGAACAACUGAAGAAACAGGAUGUGGACGAUACCAUGACAGAUGACUGGCAGUACAUUGCUGUGGUUUUGGAUCGGCUCUUCCUUUGGCUCUUUGUCAUCAUUACUACCCUGGGCACAUUGGCCAUGUUUCUGGAUGCCAGUUUCAACUACACUCCUGACCAGCCUUUUCCAUGA